AUGCCGCGCGAAUCCGUCGCGGACGCGAUCGCGCGCGUCGAUUCUUACGUGAAACGCUUCAUCGUUGAUCUCGCGAAUGGGUUCGCGGACGACGCGCGGGUCGCGACGGGGGCGGAGGGUGAUGGAAGCGACGGGACGGUGAGCGCGAGCGGUGCGUCGAUCAAUCUCUCGGGGACGAUGCUGAACCUCACGGCGAUCGUGGAGACGAUCACGACGCCGCUGAAGACGUCGGCGGUGACGUUUGAGGGCGUGGUGCGGACGAUGGCGGUGACGGUGGCGUGCGCGAUCGCGAUUCAGUGGGCGUUGGUGAAGCUCGUGCGAAUGCGACGGGAGAAGCAGGGGUGGUGGUAUUACUUGAAGCAAUCUCGACACGCGCGGUUGAUCCUGCCUCCGGAGUGCGUGACGGAGGCCCCGAUGCGGUCGCCGUUGAAUCGCGUGACGCGGAAGAUUAAUAAGUAUAUCAAGAAGAAGGGCGGGCCGUUGGGACGGAUGUCGAGCGGCGCGGACGCGUACUCGCCCAUUCUGUCGGUGGACGUUGAGGUGUUGGCGGAGGAUGCCGCGCCGUUGUUGGUGUUCGUGAACUCGAAGAGCGGGGGGCAGAUGGGACCGUAUUUGUUGGAGGGGUUGCGGUCGAAUCUGAAUCCGUUACAGGUUGUGGAUUUGCACAACACCGGGCCAAGGGCGGCGCUGAAGUUGUUCGCGAACGUACCAAACGUUCGCAUUCUUGUUGCGGGUGGUGACGGGACCGUGGCGUGGAUUUUGCAAACCCUGGAUGAGUUGGACGUCGCUAAGAAGCCGCCGGUUGGGAUUCUUCCGUUGGGGACCGGGAACGAUCUCGCGCGCGUCCUCGGAUGGGGCGGCGGAUACUCAAACGAACUCAUCUCCGAGCUCCUGGUGCAAAUACUCGAGGCGCAUCCCGUACCUCUCGAUCGUUGGCAAGUAGAGAUAGCGCUCACGGAUCCAGUCACGUCGAUGAAUAAGUUGGCGUCGGCGGCGGGACAACCCGCGCUGAAGGAGGGGGCGCCGCCUAAGAAGAAGGAGAUAGUGUUUCAGAACUAUCUGGGCAUUGGCGUGGACGCGCAGGCGGCGUUGUUGUUUCACAGAACGCGUAACGCGCGUCCUCAAUUGUUUUUCAGCGCUAUGACAAACAAAUUAUUGUACGGGGCAUUCGGUGCUAAAGAUUUUCUGGAGCACUCGUGCGCUGGGCUUCACAAGAGCAUCAGAAUUUACGCUGACGGCGUUCGCCAAACCAUUCCACCCGAGGCUGAGGGCGUUAUUUUACUCAACAUCAAUUCAUUCGCGGGUGGGGUGCGGAUGUGGGAGCGCGAGGGAUCUUAUGGCAUGUCGUCAAUGCAAGAUGGCCUCGUGGACAUUGUCGUUGUGCACGGUGCGCUACACUUAGGUCAACUGAACAUGGGCGUCGACAAGCCGGUGCGCAUUUGUCAGGCGAGAGAAGUGCGUGUCGUCAUCGAUAAGAAAGUACCAAUGCACGUCGAUGGCGAGCCGUGGGAGCAACCGGCGUGCACGAUGGAUAUCAAGCUGAAAAAUAAAGCGACGAUGCUUCGCAGGACGGCGGACGUGCGCGGGAUGACAAUUAUUGAGAUGCAGAACACGCUCGAUUGGGCGCGCAGAGAGGACAUCAUCUCGGACGAGCAGUGCGAGCGAAUCAUGGUCGAGGCGUAUCGCCGCGCCGACGCUCGAGCGCUCGAAGGUGGUCACCGUCGCUUGGGCGCGCACCGAAGGUCGGGAAGUAUCGGAAAUCUCCUCCAAUCGAAGGCGCCGUCGUACUCGCAGCUUCUCGGCUUGGGUGGCGGCGACAACUUCUAA